AUGGACGAACAAAGCAUGCAGGUUUUCGCCCAAGAACAAAUAAUGAAACUUAGUACGUUUGGUGGUGCUCGUGAUGAAAAUGUUCUACACUGGUUACAAGAUACUGAAUGUAUAUUUGGUCAAGUACAAUUACAACCAUCGAAUAAAUAUUUGGCUGUUCAAUCUUAUUUGGCCGAUGCUCCUCUUAAAUGGUUUCGUUUUAACAAAUCGAGCAUUCCUGAUUGGUCUUCAUUUAAGAUUGCUAUCGUUCAAGCUUAUCAGCCAUCAUCUAUUGAUCCAAGUGGAUCAAAUUCAAAUGAACGUCUCCUACCAUCCCCGGAAAUUGAAACAUCAACAACUCCUGAACCAGUAAUAAAUGAUGAUCAACCUCUCACUGCUGUCGCUGUGCAUGAACCAUCAUCGCCUUAUCAAUUAGUAAAACAAAAUUUAACUGAAAACUCAAUCGUUGCUGAUAUUCCUAAUAUUUCCACCUCAGAUCCUCAAUCAUCAUUUUUAUAUACAGUAGCACUUGAUGAUCCUAUUACAUGUGAAGAUGAAUUACAAGCAAUACCAAAUGAUCAAGUUAAUUUAUAUUCGUCGAAUGAUCUUGGUGUAGUUCAUCGUGUACUUAAUCCUGUUAUGCAAUUAGUUAAAGUUAAUGUUCAUAAAAAUUAUAAUGAUACUAAUGUUGAUGUAUAUGUUACUCAUACUUUGAUUGAUCCAAAGAUAUUAGGAAGUAUUGAAACGUAA